ACGUAACGUUAUUUCUACUACAUGAGAUUUGACUAAAACUAGGGAUGCGUUAUUUAAACUUUGUUUAGAUUGUUUUAUUGUAAGUUUGUUAUACUCGCUGCAUCUGGGGUGAUUUAGAUCGUCACGUUAAUUUAGACACUUGCGCUAGUUGUGUUAUUUCAAGAGCACGCUAGUGCUACCAUUGCUAACGUGGGUUUACCUUAUUAAUAUCAUGAUCUUGAAAAGGUCCAUAUACUUGAAAUUGCGCGUUUACUUUUGCAAAUAAUUAAAGAUGUGCUAAAAUUUUCAUGUAAAACCAUAUGUUUACACAGCAUAUAAACAUAAAAGCCAAAGCCCCAAGGACGUCGCUAUGGCCAUGGCUUCGAUCUCUACUCUGGACUGUACUAUUAAACUGAGCAACUUGCAGUACCUGAGCCGCCUCAAGAGCAUUUUGGUUUUACACUUGGUAUCCCUGCCUAAAUAUCCAACUUCUAAUUGUGUCCCUUGACUCCGUGUAUGAGAAAAAUGAGUGACCCAAAAAGCACAGUAGAAGGUGCUUCUGACACUCUGUCUAACAGAGACACGAUUGAACUUCCUGAUGAUCUCUCUCUGAGCGACUCUGACCCCGAUGAGCCCAAUGAGCAUUUUGUCAGAAAGGUUGAGGACCUGUCAUCAUCCUCAGAAGAGGAAGGGGAUGCUCACUUUGGCCAACCUGUUUCUCAAGAAAAUCCCACCUUCAAACUGACAGGUGGGAGCUCUGGGUUCUGUGAUCGUAGCAAGGACAUCUUUGCACAGUUGGACAGUGCUUCGAAGCUCACGUCUAAACAGUUAGGCGAAGACAACAUUCUUGAUGGCACAUUUGCUCGUCCUGCUCCACCUUCACCUCCACAGGAAGCUCAAAGGAAGUGUUCCGCUAGCCCUGAAGCAACCACAAAAAAACCAAGUAAAACUCUCCCAGAUUACCUCGCACACCCCGAGCGCUGGACCCACUACAGUCUUGAGGAUGUUUCUGAAACCAGUGAUCGAAAGAAUAGCCAGGCUGCUCAUCAGUACCUUCAAGCCCUUCAAGAUAGGAAAAGGUCUCAGGAUGCUGUGCCGGAGACUUUGAGUCCAGCUUUAAACCAGGGUCACGGCAGCAGCUAUGAGAAAAAAAUCGUGUUCAAUAAACCCAAGAGCAAAGAUCAAAGUGAGAACAAACCAGUCCAUGUUAGGAAGGGAGAAGUUGGACUUCAGCACCUGGAUGAUGGAGAAGAGAAAGAUGGAGAAGAGAAUGAAGACGCUGCUCCUCUUCCUCAUCUCAGCUCACGGAAGAAUGAGGAGAAAAAAAGGAAGUGGGUGACUGAGGAAGAUAAAGAGGAAGACAAAAAGGUUACAAGUGUUGUUUUCAACAGCAAGAAAUUGAACCGCAAACACUUCCGUAAAGCACUUGGAGAUGAAGAAGGCAAAUAGUGAACUGGUUCGGACUUUGUAACCCUAAUUUAGCUGUUUGUAUGUAUUUGAAAUCUACCAGUUUCUUGAAUAAAGGUGAUCCUGGUUUUGACAAGCUAAUGGCUUGGGUAAAUUCAAUUAUGCAUUUUAGCAAUUAUCAGUUUGUUUUUUAUUUUAUAUAUAUAUGAAAGAAGUGUUUGCAGUCAUAAAGAAGACGGUACGUUAAAUGUCAUGACAAUUACAAACAUAUCUGUUAUUUGAUCUGUCUCGAGUGUUAUCAACAUUUUAUUGUGUACCUUAUUAAGUAUCUUAUCUGUCUGUUUUAUGGUGACUUUUCAUAAAAUAAACCUAAUGCAUUGUGUA